CCGCCCGCGGGGCGCUCUCAUGGAGAUCUGCGCCUGCGCACACGCGUUUCCGCCUCCUCUGGGCUCCCUGGCUGCCUCCGGAACGUGUGGUAUAGACAGUUUGUGAAAUGAGUGACUCAGAAGAUGAUGCAACCGAACUUUCUGCCUACACUUUAGCAGCUCUCCAGGAGUUUUUUGCUGAGCAGAAGCAAUGCACAGACUCAACUGGGGAUGAUAAAUAUAAUGUUGGAAUAAUAGAAGAAAACUGGCAGUUGAGCCAGUUUUGGUACAGUCGGGAAACAGCCUUUCGACUUGCACAGGAAGCAGUCACUGCUGCAGGGGACAAUGGCAGAAUAGCAUGUGUGAGUGCCCCCAGUGUUUACCAGGCCCUUAGAGAGCUGCACAGAGACGACAUCUUUGUGUCCAUCUUUGAAUAUGACAGAAGAUUCGCCAUGUACGGAGAGGAAUUUGUCUUCUAUGAUUACAAUAAUCCACUGGAUUUGCCUGACAAAAUCACAGCACAUAGUUUUGACAUUGUAAUAGCAGAUCCUCCUUAUCUUUCUGAGGAAUGUCUCAGAAAGACUUCAGAAACCAUCAAGUACCUGACCAGGGGUAAAAUUCUUUUGUGCACAGGUGCUGUCAUGGAGGCGCCAGCAGCACAGCUCCUAGGAGUGAAGAUGUGCGCGUUUAUCCCAAAACACACCCGAAACUUGGCAAAUGAAUUUCGCUGUUAUGUGAAUUAUGAUUCUGGGCUGGAUUGUGGAACCUAAAUGCAGAUUGUUACAUAAUGCAAUAAAGGAUGCUGGCUGACAUUUCCAUUUACCUCUUUUUAUUUU